UUGUCGCGCAGCGGUUGGAUGCCCAGAGGAUUCGCUUCGACGUCGUCCCGAUCACCAGCCUCUUAUCAUUCGUUUGGCAGCACCGGCCAGAGCAGCUACGGCAAGAGGCAUUUGGCCGCGCUUGCUCGACUCGGCUGGCUGCCGUCRUUUAGGAACCCUCAUUCGUUUUACAUGCGUAACGGCAGAGGGUCGUACCAGUGCGACAUAAACAAGAGGACCUCCACCGUUGCAGCCUCCGACGGGAACGUCGAGAAUACUGAGCGGUCAUUUGAAGAACUCGGGUGGGACCACCAGCAGUCGUCGGCAGCAACAGAACAGGCGCAAACAGACGACUACGGGAUGAAGACCAAGAGGUAUCUACUACUGCCGGCCGUGGACAACAUAUUGUUGCGCAGACAGUACCCUCAUUUAGCGACAAAUAAAAUUUAAUCUAAAACUAAGUUACACGCUUCGCCAACGUAUACAUAUAAUAAUAUUAUACGAACGUAAUGUUUUAAUUAAUAUAAUAAUACAUAAUAAUAUAUAUUAUUAAUAUAAUGUCAUACCUUAUAAUAUUUACCUUGUUGUAUCAAACAUAACAAUAAUAUUCACCACUCGUCCGGUAUGGCAGCUGCACAUCAUUGUAGUGACGAGACAUCGCUAUGAAUAUUGUGCACGAUAUAUACCUAAUGAGUAGCAAGUACAAUAAUUGAAAAAACCUUUUUAUUGGAAUUUCUCAAAUUAUAAGACAAUAACUAURUGUGUGUUUCUUGAAUUAAAAUUAUCGUACGUAAAACAUACAAUAUAAUAAUAAUAAUGAUAUGUAAUGUCCAUGUGUUGACAUAAUAUUAUUUAGCUUUUGCCACGUUUAAAAAGAAAAAAAUCAACAUUUAUAUAAAUAGGUACUAGAACAUUACGAUUCCCAAUAAUGUAGUAGACGUUUAUCCUCUAUUAUAUUAAACGUAAUA